UGGGCGGAGAAGACGACGGCGGCGGCGGCGGCGUCGUUGGCGUUGUAAUUCUAUUCUCCUCUUCAUUGUUCUUCAGGGAAUGGGAGUAGAGGGUUUAGUGUCAGAAUGAUUGUUAAUGUCCGAGUUGGUACCAAAGAGGAAGAGCUUCCAUGGAUCCGACGGCGAGAAGUGGGGCCUGGUGGGCGGUCGGAAGUACUUUCAGCGGCACAUGAACGGUUGCCGGAACGGUUCAAGAAAGCUUGUGGAAAUCCUGACAUCUGGAAGCAGCGGUGGUGGAGGUCCGGAGGUAGUGGUUUUAAAUGCUAUGGGAUGGCUAUGGCGGACUUCUUCCUGUUUCAGUCUGUCUGGACUGUCCCCUUCCACUGAUCUUUUCCUCCCCAACCAGAGCUAUGGAUACUUGCAGGGGCAUGAAGCUGGCUUCAACACUAAUGGUGGCUUGACGAACCCCAAGCAAGAAAUAGAGCCCUUUCCAACUGGAAUAGGGAGCAAUCCAAAGUCAAACCCAAAGUUUUUCAGUAGAGCUGUCCUGUCCAUUCGGGUUAAACUGCCACUUCCUUCAUUAUGUUCCUGGUGGAUAUAAAGCAGCUGCUACUUACACUCAGAUCCCAGAGUUGGUGUCUAAUUCUUCAGUGGCCAUGAAUGGAAUAUUUGUAUCUAUACUUUAUGUGGGUAGGAAAAUAUGAAAUUCUUAUCAAAUUUAUUUGUAGGUGACUCAUUAGCUCAAGCAUACGUGAUUUGUAUUUUCAAUUUAUUUUAUAAUGUUAAUUGCAUUUGUUCA